CCACUUGCCCACCCACUGGACCAAAGGAGAUGCUUCCAUCAGGCAGUGAUGGCUGGUGCUGACUGACAGGACCCUAAAUAACAGCAGUAGUAGCAGUGAUAGCAGCUGUCACAGUAAUUGUAAUGGUAACAGCAGCGACCAUGUCACUGUAGACCAAGCAUGGUGCUCAGUGCUUCAUGAAUGCUGUCUCGUGUUCCUCCAGCAAACCCACGAAGCAGCUGUUGUCCAUAUCUGCACUUAAAGAUGAGCAAACAGAAGCUUAGGGUAACUUGCCCCAAGGUCACAAGGAUUCAGGGCUUACACAAGGUCAAAGAACUUACAGUUCUUAACGCAGUGUGCUCUCUUCCUAGCUAUGGCUUAUUCUAUAUUGUCUUAUUUAGUUCCUUCAUGAUAAUUACUUCAUGACUUCUUGGGAAUAAAUAUCAUUCCCAUUUUACUGGUGUGGAACUAUGACACAGCAGUUAAGUGACUUGUUCAAGGGAAAGCCAGUAUUUGGAACGCAGGCUCAGUGAUAACUUCAGGUCAACAAGCUAAAGAGAGAGAUGGUUCACCUCCAGCAGGAGCUGCAGUUCAAAGAGCGUGGCUUUCAGACCCUGAAGAAAAUCGAUAAGAAAAUGUCUGAUGCUCAGGGCAGCUACAAACUGGAUGAAGCUCAGGCUGUGUUGAGAGAAACAAAAGCCAUCAAAAAGGCCAUCACUUGUGGAGAAAAAGAAAAGCAAGAUCUCAUUAAGAGCCUCGCCAUGCUGAAGGACGGCUUCCUCAUCGACAGAGGGUCCCACUCUGACCUGUGGUCCAGCAGCAGCUCUCUGGAAAGUUCAGGUUUCUCACUGCCGAAACAGUACCUGGACGUGAGCUCCCAGACAGACAUCUCGGGAAGUUUUGGCGCAAGCAGCAACAAUCAGUUGGCAGAGAAGGUCAGAUUGCGCCUUCGAUAUGAAGAAGCUAAGAGAAGGAUCGCCAACCUGAAGAUCCAGCUGGCCAAGCUUGACAGUGAGGCCUGGCCCGGAGUGCUAGACUCCGAAAGGGACCGGCUGAUCCUCAUCAAUGAGAAGGAGGAGCUGCUGAAGGAGAUGCGCUUCAUCAGCCCCCGAAAGUGGACCCAGGGGGAGGUGGAGCAGCUGGAGAUGGCCCGGAAGCGGCUGGAGAAGGACCUGCAGGCAGCCCGGGACACCCAGAGCAAGGCGCUGACAGAGAGGUUAAAGUUAAACAGUAAGAGGAACCAGCUGGUGAGAGAACUGGAGGAAGCCACCCGGCAGGUAGCAGCUCUGCAUUCCCAGCUGAAAAGCCUCUCAAGCAGCAUGCAGUCCCUCUCCUCAGGCAGCAGUCCUGGAUCCCUCGCAUCCAGCCGGGGCUCCCUAGCCGCCUCUAGCCUGGACUCCUCCACCUCAGCCAGCUUCACUGAUCUCUACUAUGACCCCUUCGAGCAGCUGGACUCGGAGCUGCAGAGCAAGGUGGAGUUUCUGCUCCUGGAGGGGGCCACGGGCUUCCGGCCCUCAGGCUGCAUCACCACUAUCCAUGAGGACGAGGUGGCCAAGACCCAGAAGGCGGAGGGGGGCAGCCGCCUGCAGGCCCUGCGCUCCCUGUCUGGCACCCCGAAGUCCAUGACCUCCCUGUCCCCCCGCUCCUCACUCUCCUCUCCGUCCCCGCCCUGCUCCCCUCUCAUUGCUGACCCCCUGCUGGCUGGAGACACCUUCCUGAGCCCCCUGGAGUUUGACGACCCGGAGCUGAGUGCCACUCUUUGUGAACUGAGCCUUGGCAGUGGCACCCGGGAGAGGUACCGGCCGGAGGAACCAGGAACGGAGGGCAAACAGUUGGGCCAAGCUGUGAAUACAGCCCAGGGGUGCAGCCUGAAAGUGGCCUGUGUGUCAGCUGCUGUGUCAGAUGAAUCCGUGGCCGGGGACAGUGGUGUGUAUGAGGCUUCUGUGCAGAGACCGGGUGCUUCAGAAGCUGCCGCUUUUGACAGUGACGAAUCCGAAGCAGUGGGUGCAACCCGGGUUCAGAUUGCCCUGAAGUACGAUGAGAAGAAUAAGCAAUUUGCAAUAUUAAUCAUCCAGCUCAGUAACCUUUCUGCUCUGUUGCUGCAACAAGACCAGAAAGUGAACAUUCGUGUAGCUAUCCUUCCCUGCUCCGAAAGCACCACCUGCCUGUUCCGGACCCGGCCCCUGGAUGCCUCAGACACUCUCGUGUUCAAUGAAAUGUUCUGGGUGUCCAUGUCCUAUCCAGCCCUUCACCAGAAGACCUUAAGAGUUGAUGUCUGUACCACCGACAGAAGCCAUCUGGAGGAGUGCCUGGGAGGCGCCCAGAUCAGCCUGGCUGAGGUCUGUCGGUCUGGGGAGAGGUCGACUCGCUGGUACAACCUCCUGAGCUACAAAUACUUGAAGAAGCAGAGCAGGGAGCCCAAGCCAGUGGGAGCCAAGGUCCCCACCCCAGGUCCUGAAAGCACGGAUGCCGUGUCUGCUCUGUUGGAACAGACAGCAGUGGAGCUGGAGAAGAGGCAGGAGGGAAGGAUCAACACACAGACCCUGGAAGACAGCUGGAGGUACGAGGAGACCAGCGAGAACGAAGCAGCAGAGGAGGAAGAGGAGGAGGGAGAGGAGGAUGUUUUCGCUGAGAAAGCCUUGCCGCAUAGGGAUGAGCACCCAGCAUUAAAGGUGGACAAAGAGACCAACACAGAGACCCCGGCCCCAUCUCCCACAGUGGUGCGGCCCAAGGACCGACGGGUGGGCACACCAUCCCCAGGGCCGUUUCUUCGAGGGAGCACCAUUAUCCGCUCUAAGACCUUCUCCCCAGGACCCCAAAGCCAGUAUGUGUGCCGGCUGAACCGAAGUGACAGUGACAGCUCCACGCUGUCCAAGAAGCCACCUUUUGUUCGAAACUCCCUGGAGCGGCGCAGUGUCCGGAUGAAGAGGCCUUCAUCCGUCAAAUCCUUGCGAGCUGAGCGCCUGAUCCGCACAUCACUGGACCUUGAGCUAGACCUGCAGGCGACCAGGACCUGGCACAGCCAGCUGACUCAGGAGAUCUCAGUGCUGAAGGAGCUCAAGGAGCAGCUUGAACAAGCCAAGAGCCAUGGGGAGAAGGAGUUGCCACAGUGGUUGCGUGAGGACGAGCGCUUCCGUCUGCUGCUGAGGAUGCUGGAGAAGCGGAUGGACCGAGCGGAGCACAAGGGUGAGCUUCAGACAGACAAGAUGAUGCGGGCAGCUGCCAAGGAUGUGCACAGGCUUCGGGGCCAGAGCUGUAAGGAGCCCCCGGAAGUGCAGUCUUUCAGGGAGAAGAUGGCAUUUUUUACCCAGCCUCGGAUGAAUAUCCCGACCCUCUCUGCAGACGAUGUCUAAUCGCCAGAAAAGUAUUUCCUUUGUUCCACUGACCACGCUGUGAACAUAGACUGUGGCUAAAGUUAUUUAUGUGGUGUUAUAUGAAGGUACUGGGUCACAAGCCCUCUAGCGCUCUUGUCGGUGUGAAGACGAACAGAUCUUUUUUUUUUUUUUUUUUAGUUUGGGUUCUAUUAUUAAAAAAAAAAAAAGCAACAACAACAAAAAACCAGCAUUAAAAUGACAAGAUUGUAUAGUUUGUAUAUUUAGGAAUGUAUUUUUGAGAAAGAAAAUUUAAAUGAACUACAGCAGUGUUAAGUUGCUGCUCUUCUUAAAAUAAAAUUGUUUAGAAUUUUUUUUUCCUUUUUUUGUACAGCUCUACCUUCUAGAGGUUUCACUGCAAUAAGAAGUAAUGUUUCAGGGACGGUAAUCCUAAAAGGACGUCCUGUAGGUGUCACAGCACAGCUGACCUUUCCUACUUAACAUAUUUUGUACAAUAUUAAAAAAAAAAAUGCCAGGAACCAUUGGGGGAAUUCUGAGGUGCAUUUGCAAGUCUUUAUGAGCUGUGAUGUGUUUUGAUGUGGCCGCCUGACAUGGAGCAGGCAGUGAGGAGCUGGCUGGCCACACGCCUGCCCCCGCCAGUCUCAGACGCCCAGUGAAACCACUGAAGUGAGUGAGGGAGGGCUAUGGAAAGCUCCUUUCAGUUUUAUCUCCAUCAAUAAAGUGGCCUUUCUGAACGAA